AGGCACGACGCGUAAUGAUCAGUGUAGGUACCACAAUGUCCAGGGCUCAGGGCUGCCCAGCAUGUCAGGUAUUAACAGAGCGAGCGUGAUUAAAUGUGGGAGGUAGGAACUGUGAGGCUGGCGGAGCGCGCUGCCGCCGCCGCUGCGAGCUGGAAACUACUGAAUGGGAAUCUAUCCGGCAACUUCACCACACCGCUGUCUGACGGCGGCGACACGGGGGCUCUGCGUAAAACCAAGCGGCGCGUCUCCGAGUCUGGGUCAGCCCAACUCACAGACGGAGAAGAGGACGCUCAAGUUAGAUCGGGCGAGCAGCUUUUUACUUGUUACCGGCGCUCGGCUCCCACUAACAUGCCUGCCAUCAAAAAGGAGAGGCUGGAUGGAGACGACAUGGCACUGACUGCGUUCAACCAGUCCGAAUACCUGGCCCCUUUAAAUGCCACCGCGAUCCCCGUGGUGACCCCGCAUCAGCCGCCCUACGACCACAUUUUCGCCCAUCAUCGCGCGUACUUGGGGCUCCACGACUCGGCGCUGCAUCACCAGCAGCACCUCCACCAUCACACGGACGACUUAAUGCUGGAGAGGUUCUCCUCCAUCCCCGACUUUCAGCCCUUCUUCGACAACGGAGAGCCGUGCAUCGAGGUGGAGUGCGGGGAAAACAAGGCUUUGCUUUAUAUCAAUAAAUUGUGUCAAGGCAGCAAAGGACCCUCAAUUAAAUACAGGGGCGAGUGGCUCACCCCCAACGAGUUCCAGUUUGUCAGUGGACGGGAGACUGCCAAAGAUUGGAAACGGAGUAUCAGACACAAAGGGAAAAGUCUCAAGACUCUCAUGUCCAAAGGAAUCUUACAGGUGCACCCUCCAAUCUGUGACUGUCCUGGUUGUCGGAUUUCAUCUCCAGUGAACCGCGGGCGCUUGGCUGAGAAACGCACCAUCCCCCUGCCUCCUAACAGGGUGCCCAAGAAGGAGCUGGCCUCCAUCUUCAGCAGUGACGACAGUGAAGGCAGCGAGCGGGCCAGUGGGGAUCAUGCCCACAUCAAACAGGAGGACGAGUUGCAUUACAGUAUCAUGAGAAAGAGUCGUGACAGUGAUCUCUCUACAAUCAUCUCCAACCUGCACCACACCAGACAGCACGGCAUGCCAGAGGGCCAGUCAGCGCCUGACCACAACAGCAGUACUGGACACACAGAUGACCUUCUAGGCAAGAGGAGAAGCUUCUCUCCCAACAGCAGCAGCGAGUGUCCCUCUGACAGCAAGAAGUCACGUAGCGUAUCCCCCAAAGAGAACUCCCAGAGCCCGGUGGUGGAAGCAGGUGGCAGCCACGGCCACAUGAGCCCUGAGGAGCACUACAGGCGCAUGAUGUCAGCGCUCAGCGAGCAAGGGUCCUACGAGGAGCAGCAGCAACGGCUCUACCAGCUGGCGAGCAGCAUGGGUCUGCAGGGCCACGACAUGCUGCGUGCUCGCCAGGAGGCAUUGGCUGCGGCGGUGAGGAAUCCGGCGGCCUUAGAAGCUCACCUGCCCUCUGCGGGCAGCUCCUCUUCAUCCAGCCAGAGACGUAAGCAGGGCCUACCACAGCACCGGGACGCACAUUACACCGACAGAGACAUGUCCCACCCUCCGCCUCUACUGUCCCCUCCAACUGCGCCUCACAUCGCCUUAGGACCUCACCUGCGGCCUCCUUUCCUGGGCUUGCCCUCAGCUCUCUGCCAGGCCCCUGGUUACGGUUUCCUCCAACCAGCUCAAGCUGAGAUGUUUGCUCGGCAACAGGAGAUGUUGAGGAAGCAGAAUCUGGCCAGACUCGAGAUGUCGGCAGAGCUGCUGAGACAGAAAGAGUUAGAGAGUCUCCACCAGCGACAGCAGCAGCAGCGUCUCCUGGGCUCCGACCAUCUGGGAGCUCUACCUCCUGGCCUUCCCCCUGAUCAUCCAGCCCUGCGGAGUCUCCACGACAUCCCAGAAGGCCAUCCGCUCCGUGAGGAACUGGUCCGCCGCUCGAAUGCAAUGCUGGUGCUUCGCCACGGGGCUGCCACACCCCUCUUAACCCUCAGCCACCAGCAGCAACCAGGGGCGUCCUCCACACCCAAAGACACCCAGGCGCAUAGCUCUUCUGUGGGUCACGAUGCCGACUCCAGGAAGACACCCCGCAGGGGUCCCCUGACGCAGCUCCGUGCUGGGGAUCACGCGGGAAGAAGAGAGGACAGAGGAAGGGAGAGAGACAGGGAGGUGCAGGAUGAGGAGAUGAAGGACUCUGACAGCGAGGCAGAGAUGUGUGAGGAGAGGCAGGAGAGCGUCAGUGCCAAGUCCAGCAGUAAACCCAGGGACAGGGAGAGAGAUGGGAGCAAAGAGACUGGCAGCAAGGGAGUGUGUGAAAGUGCCAAGGAGAUCGGAGAGAGCUCAGGCCGGCUGAGCGCCCCGUGUAGUUCAGCCGGUACAGAGUCGCCCAGUCGCCACCUGUUCACCCCUGGACUGGGCAAGGCUGAUGUCAAGUACCAGCUUCCACCUGGGUUCAUGCCACCGCUGCCUGCUCUUCACGCCCAGUCGUUGCCCUUCGGGUUCCCCUACACCAACCCCUACUUUCACACGGGCUCUAUGGGAGGUCUUUUCAUGGAUGGGGAGGACUCGGCCACAGCAAACCCUGUGGAGGACAUAAGCAAGUGGAGUGUGGAAGACGUGUGCGGCUUCAUAAGCAGCCUGGCCGGAUGUGCUGAAUACACACAGGUGUUUCGGGAGCAGGCCAUCGAUGGAGAGACAUUACCGCUGCUCACUGAGGAGCACCUGCUCAACACCAUGGGACUAAAGCUGGGGCCCGCGCUCAAGAUCCGCUCACAGGUGGCGCGCCGGGUUGGCAGGUUUUUCUACAUGACUGGAUUCCCGCUGGCGUUCCCCUUUCCGCCUUCUGCCGCGCUGCGCCCCCCAGAACGGGAUCGGGACCUCCUCACCACGCCGUCUGACACGCCCCUGUCCCUGCCCCACAGACCCACCUCCACCAGCAGCAGCUCUUCACCGUACAGCGGCCCCAACCCAGGGUGCUCCUCUCCCAAGCAGGAAAACGGUAACGGCUCUGCGGUGGGGGGAAGAUACGAAGCCAAAACUCCUUCGUAGGAGAGGAACGGAUAGGGGGUGAAGAGGGCAGACCUGCCUCGAACUAACCGAAGAGGGUGUGAAGGGGGAGAAUAUGAACCAGAGAGACUGACUCCCAGAUCCCCCUCACCUCUGGAAGGUUUCGCUGAAAUUUAUGGGAAAAUAUUGAACUGGAAUAAAAGACAGCUGGACCGUAUCCGACAAACCAAUCAGCCUCUGAGUUCCUCUGCAGUGGCUGUAGCCGAGCAGAAUCCAAACAAAGUGGGUUGGGGAAGGGAGACACGUGAAGCGACAGAGAAAGAGGAAAAAGGAGACAGCUGGUCACAGACAGCCUGCCAAAAAAAAAAGGAGCGAAGCCCUGCCACAAAUGCGACAUUCUUGCAAGUCAGACAGUCAGACGCUAGCGGAAACUCUUCCUUCCUUCCUGGGCUGGAGGAAGCUCCGCUCACUCACCCACACUCCCUUUUCUCUUGUCUCUCUCUUACUCACACCACAAGCCCUGCAGAACCCAGGAAUUAAAAAGAGACGCCUCUACUCUCUCUCUCUUUUUUUUAAUCUCCCUCCCUUCCUUCCGUCUCUCCCUUUGCCGGUUUUUCCCCGAGGCCAAAAAGCAGCGUGGAGCUGUCUUUUGUAGAGUUGAAGCAUAUGCUGAGCAGCACCAGAUCUGACCAGCUCCCUCUUAUCACUGCAACUAUGCAUUCCACUGUCCCGAUACCAAAGAUGACCGGACGCGUGGAAUUGGAACCGUGUUUCACAAUGUGUCUGCCUCUUGUUUUUUUUGUUUUUUUUCUUUUUUGCAUUAAUGGUCUGAGAGAAAGACUGCUCCAACAGGGAAAUGCUAGGCUAGUGCCUCAUGCGAUGGACUGUAUUUGAGGGUGACAUACAAACGCUUACAAACGUUAACGAAAAAAGGCUGAAGCCUCACUGAGAAAAGGCUCGUGUCAUUGUACGCUUGUGUUGACUACUGUGGGAGGUAGGGAAAACAUGCAAAAUUGUACAGAAUCAUGCUUAAGAUGAAAAUAUCCUGAAGGUUACAUACGUGGUACUUUUACUUUUUUGUUAAAUGUAGUUGCACGAAUAAGGUUUUCUUUACUGAAAAAUGUGACUUGCUGAACUUUGGUGGUACUUUUGUUAAUACUUCUUUUUGUUCUGCCAUUUAAAAAAAAACAAAAAAACCUGUAAUAUUAAAGAUGCUCCAAUCUUGAUGAAUGCUACUUCAGCAUAUAAAUAUGAGGAAAAAAAUAUUUAUAGGACUUUUGAUGUAGUAGAAAAAGCAGAUUAUGAUAUGUAUUAUAAUUAGCCCUUAUGAUGGAUUCCAAAGAUACUCUUACUUUGUUUUCUCUUGGUUGCAGGGAAAAGAAAGGCACAAAGCUCUUAAUGCAAAUGUUUUGAAUUUGUUAUGGAUUUUUUUUUUUAAAACUACGCAAGCAAUGAAUUAAAAAAUGGUCUCUAGAUUUCCCUUCAAAAGUUUUGUCUUCAUCCUAUUUUUCUAUUCACCACACAGGUGAAAUAAAUCCUAAAGAAAUGUC